AUGCAGUUCAAAUUAACGUUAGCGUUGUUAGGCGCUCUCUUCUCAUUAGCAAAAGGUGAUGAUUGCGAUCCUUUGAAGUCAACAGACUGUUCUGCAGAUACAGCGUUAGGUUCUUCGUUCAAGGAAGAUUUCUCAAGCAAAUCGAAGUAUUUUUCAGAAGUCGAAAGCCUGGGAUUACUGUACAGCGAUACUGGAUUGGAGUUUAAUUUAUCAAAGAGGCUCGAAAACCCCACAAUCAAGUCGAACUUUUAUAUCAUGUUCGGCAAAAUCGAGGUAGUGAUGAAAGCUGCAAAAGGAACUGGUAUAGUAUCAUCCUUCUAUUUACAGUCUGAUGAUCUUGAUGAAAUAGAUAUUGAGUUGCUUGGGGGUGAUACAACUCAGUAUCAGUCUAAUUACUUCUCUAAAGGAAAUACCUCAACCUAUGACAGAGGUGAAUAUCACAGUACGCCGAAAGAUCCUACGGAAAAUUAUCUUACAUAUACUAUUGAUUGGCAAAAAGAUAAUUUGACAUGGUCAGUCAAUGGCGAACAGAACAGAAUCCUCCAGAGUACUAAUUCCCAAGGAUACCCGCAAACUCCUAUGUUCAUCAAGGCAGGCGUUUGGGCUGGUGGUGAUUCAUCGAACGACGAAGGAACAAUUGAAUGGGCAGGAGGUUCGACUGAUUACUCGGAUGCUCCGUUUUGCAUGUACAUCAAAUCAUUAAUAGUCACUGACUAUUCUACUGGUAAGAAAUACUCAUACAGUGACCAAUCAGGUGACUGGUCAUCAAUCAAGGCAGAAGAUGGUAAGGUUUACGGUAGGUAUGAACAAGCUAUAGAGGAUUUUGAGAAAUUAGCGGACGGAGAAUCCAUAUCAACUUCGGCUUUCAGUGCAGAAUCUGAUAUCGAAACUGGCACUGCUCUGUCUUCAUUGGCCCCUUCAUCUUCAAGUGUAUCAGCAACUGCUUCUAAAACUUCUGAGACUUCGUCAAGCAUAACGUCUUCGUCUAGUGAGUCCUCUGGUUACUCUUCAUCUGCCAUUCCUUCGAGUACUGAAAGCUCGAGUUCAGCUGAUUCAAAAACUUCUCUGAAAAGCGCCACCAAAUCAUCCAACAAGUCCCUUGCUGCUGAUGCUACCACUGCAAGUUCGAAUUCAAAAUUGACAUCAGAACCAUCAACACAUUCUGAAAGCAGUACGUCAAGCUUACCGCUGGCUUCAGAGAGUCUGGAUUCUUCAGGGAGUGGUGCAGGAAUUUUCAUGAAUCCGUUGUAUUUAUUAAUUGUCAAUACUCUCUCUUUGUUAUAUUUGAUUUGA